AUGAGGCAAGUGCAAAUGCGAAUUCGGAAAAAUAGAAUCGCUACAGUGGCAUGGGGGAUGGAUAUCAUAGGACCCAUCGAACCCCUGGCCUCCAAUGGACAUCAUUUCAUCUUGGUCACCAUCGACUACUUCACUAAAUGGGUAGAAGCCACUUCGCACAAGUCAGUAACCAAGAAGGUCGUGGCUGACUUUGUCAGAAACAAUCUGAUAUGUCGCUUUGGUGUACCGGAAUCCAUCAUCACAGACAAUGGUGCCAAUUUAAAUAGUCAUUUGAUGAAGGACAUUUGCGAACAAUUCAGGAUAACCCACAGGAACUCUACCGGCCGGCCACAGAUGAAUAGAGCCAUGGAGGCCACUAACAAAAACAUGAUGAGAAUCCUGAGGAAAAUGAUCGACAACUACAGGAAUUGGCACGAACAGCUACCUUAUGCCCUGUUGGGGUAUCGGACAACGACCCGCACUUCCACCGGGGCAACUCCAUAUCUCCUUGUCUACGGUAUAGAAGCGGUCAUACCCACAGAAGUGGAGAUCCCCUCACUCUGGAUCGUCCAAGAGGCAGAACUAAAAGAUUCAGAAUGGGUCAGAAAUCGCUACGACCAGCUAGCUAUGAUAGAUGAGAAGAGAAUAGUGGCUAUGUGCCACGAACAGCUAUACAGGCAAAGGAUGUCUCGAGCCUUCAACAAAGGGGAGGGCCUGACUUUUCCAAAUUGGACAACUCGUGCUCAAGCGGGUCUUUUCCCACCAAGAAGAAUAUAA